AUGGAUUUGGAUAUCCUGAAUCAGCAUACAUUUACAAUCCUUUGGAUCAUCAUCUGCUGCCUACUAACAUGGAAUCUCGAGAGCUGCCAGGCGAAACCAGGUUCAAGCAGCGGCGAGAGGGUCCACAUUCGUCUCCACAUGCCAGAGGUAGUGCGUCAGCAUACGCAUUACCACAAAGUCUACAAAUAUCCUCGGCAAAUCCAUCCUGUUCCUGUUCAAGUACCUGCACCCACAGCGAUCGCUUCGCUGCCGCCAAAGUAUCUGGGAAAACCCCAUGUCCAACUUUUGGGUUAUACAACCUCAGUGGGAAGUUCGGGACCAAUGGCACCAAAUCUAAUGCAACUAAUGGCCACUGCUGCCACGCCCAGCAUGAUGCCAACGCCCACAAGUCUAAUGCCCAAUUAUGGACCCGCUUUAUUUGAUAAUUACAAUCAGGAUGCAACGGCUUUAAGUGCAACCACAACAACUACAACAAUGAGACCUCAGGUCUUGAAAGCUGUCACCAAACAGCAACAAAUGUUGCAACAAUUAUUCUCAGCACCUCAGCAAAUGGAAGAUGAGGAUGCUUCCACCUCGGAGGACAAUCAAUUGGAGAACAACUCUUUGCUAAACAACAGUUUCCUGGAAGCCCUGCAAAAGGAAUAUCUAUCGAAAUUUGGAGGACGUCGAAAACGCAAGAAAUCUAGUUCAAAACUUAAGAACUCCUCCAUGAAGGAUUACUCUAAUAACUACAGAAAUAAACCCUACUAUUAUCAAGAUGAAGAUCUAUCGGAGAACUUUGAGGAUUAUCAGGACGAGCCACACGAUCAUGAGGAUUACGAGGAAGUGAUGAUGAUGAGUACCCCGAAUAAAUAUGGCGGUUACUAUCCUACAGGAUCUGAGGAAGCCGAGGAUCAAGCUCAGGGUUAUGACACUGCUGUGGCUUUUAGUGGUCAGGAUAAUAGCAUUUCAUCUUCGAUACCCACGACCAUGGAGGAUUUUCUUGAUAGUGUGAAUAAUCCUGGAUCCGGAUCCAACUACGAUCCCUAUGACAAUUGGCAACCCUAUUCAACCAGUCCUACAAUGACCAAUAAUUGGUCAAGACCCACCACAAAUUCGUAUACAAAUUCUCACAAUAAUUCCUCAAAGAGCCCAAAAUCAAGACCCAUACGAUCCCGAGGCAAAAAGAAAAUUCGUUAUGUAAAAUUAAUCACGCGAAAGAAGCGAAAAAAUCACAUCCGAACCAAAAGAUAUCGUAAUUAA